ACUUAGAAACUAAGUGCGCAUGUGCAGCGUCAAACGCACGCCCCCUUUAAGUUGCCGUGUAUCUGAUUGGUCCGCACUUUGUAAGCGGGCAAUGGCGGCGUAAACAACGCUGAUAUCGAUGAAAGAGACACUGCUUAACCGAGUAAAAUAAACUUAGACUGGAAAUAAACGGAGUAUGCUUUCGGUAGGAAGAUUUGCUCUCGGCGUGGAAACGAUUAAAACGCCGUCUUGUGUACUUCUCGGUGAUGCUUAGCCGCUCGUUUUGGCUAACUUUUAGCCAAAUGUGCUAAUUUAGCGGAAAAGUGAGUUUGCAGAGAUGCACUGUAUCGUAACGGGAGGAAACGUGAAAGUACUGGCCAAAGCCGUCCAUUCUCUGUCCAGGAUCGGCGAUGAGCUGUAUGUUGAGCCUCAGGAAGAUGGGCUGGCCCUGCGGUCUGUGAACUCCUCUCGGUCGGCUUAUGCUUGCUUCCUGUUCGCACCACUCUUCUUCAGCAGGUACUCCAUUACUAGUGGGGAUAACUUCCGCUGCAAGAUGGCAAUAAAGCUAGAUUUGAUUUCUCUUCUUCUCAGGCUGCUGGUAGACACAGUCGUCCAUUUUCCUCCAUCUCUGGACGAAGUGACUGUGUCAGUGAGUGAUGAACGGAUGUGGGUCAGGAACCAUGUGGAGGAAGAAGCAGAGGCGUCCAAAGCCAUGCUGACCGAGCUGUGUUUGGCUUCAGACGAGUUUGAUCAUUUUGCUGCCCAAGCUCACAACAGUGUGACUUUUUGUCUGAAGGAGUUGCGGGGUUUACUAGUGUUUGCAGAAUCAACUGGCCUCCCUGUUUCUAUGUACUUGGACGAGCCGGGCAGCCCUGUGGUGCUUUCAGUAACGGACAGUGUCCUGGAAGGAAACUUUGUGCUGGCCACUCUUUCUGAUGAUCCCAGCCUUCGUAAAAAUAGCAGCAAAGGAGCACACACAGCAGCUCCACCCCCUCCCGAUGACUUCAUGAAUGAUGACAUGGACUCAUAUCUAAUCGCCAUGGAUACCAGUAUUGCGCCAGGUCCCUCAAACACAGGUCCACCCCCGCCUUCAUUAUCUGGUGACACACGUUCAAAACGGCCUGCAGCAGUCAGCCACAAGGCAAGGAUUCUCAUCGAGGAGGCAGAAGAAGAAGAAACAGAUGAUUUAGACAGACUACCUAAUAAAAAGUUUCGGUCGCUCUUCUUUGGAUCGGUGCUUCCCCCGUCGUCUCAGUUGAGCACACAGCCGAUGACUUCUCAAGAGGUGCUGGCCAGCGACAGUGAGGAAGAAAAUUAAAUAACUGCAGACUGAUCGGCUAGAGGAGACAUGGACUAAACUGACAGUGGGUGCAUGUGCGUGCACUGUUAAACAAAGACACCUGGAGUACUUGAAGAUAAAGAAAUGAACACAAAUUUUCAUCCUUACUGGCCAGAACAAGUAGUACCUGGACCUGGUUAAAUAUGCAGAGGCCACCAGCCUCUAAAUUCUCAUUAUGUAGAACUAGACAUGAAGCAAUUCCAAUUUAUUUUAAUUUUGUGUUUGCCCAGUUUGUAAUUAAGGUGCAGUGUAAAAGGUCCCACCGAAUAAAGCAAACUUAUUUUUCAA